GAACCGGCAGCGGCAUCUUCCACCCCCGGCGCCGCAGAGCGACGUUCACUUCCGGGGCGGCGCGGCCAUCAGUUCCGGGUCGCGACUCGGGGCGGGGCGCUGGUCGCUCUUAAAGGGGCCGCCUCACUCUCAGGCGGGCGCCCAGCGCCCGGGCCGGGGCGAGCGUAUGAACCGUGUGCGGGGUCUGCUGUGCCGGGCCUGCCUCGCGCUGGCCGCGGUCCUGGCUGUCUUGCUGCUGCUGCCGCUGCCGCUGCCCCUGCCCCGCGCGCCCGCACCAGACCCCGGCCGGAUCCCGACUCCCGGUCUGUCUCUCGAGAUCUCCCGCCUGCAGCCCGACGAUGUCUUCAUCGCAGUCAAGACCACUCGGAAGAACCACAGCCCGCGUCUGCGGCUGCUUCUGCGCACCUGGAUCUCACGAGCCCCGCGGCAGACGUUCAUCUUCACCGACGGAGAGGACCCUGAGCUCCAGCUGCUGGCAGGCGGCCGCCUGAUCAACACCAAUUGUUCAGCUGUGCGCACGCGCCAAGCGCUGUGCUGUAAAAUGUCGGUGGAAUACGAUAAGUUCAUAGAAUCCGGACGGAAAUGGUUCUGCCACGUGGAUGACGACAACUACGUGAACCCCGAAAGCCUGCUGCACCUGCUUUCCACUUUCUCUUCCAACCAGGACAUCUAUCUGGGGAGACCUAGUCUGGACCACCCCAUCGAGGCCACCGAGAGAGUCCAGGGUGGUGGCGCCUCAAACACAGUGAAGUUCUGGUUUGCUACUGGUGGGGCUGGGUUCUGCCUGAGCAGAGGCCUUGCUCUCAAAAUGAGUCCAUGGGCCAGCCUAGGCAGCUUCAUGAGCACAGCAGAGCGGGUACGGCUCCCUGAUGACUGCACAGUAGGCUACAUUGUGGAAGGGCUUCUGGGUGCCCGCCUGCGCCACAGCCCCCUCUUCCACUCUCACCUGGAGAACCUGCAGAGACUGCCGUCCGAUGCCGUUCUGCAGCAGGUCACCCUGAGCUAUGGGGGUCCUGAGAACCCACGUAAUGUGGUGAACGUAGCCGGAGGUUUCAGUAUACAGCAGGACCCUACACGGUUCCAGUCUGUGCACUGCCUUCUCUACCCAGACACCCACUGGUGCCCUAUGAAGAACAGGGGUGAGGUAGCUUUUCAGUAACUGAUGACCCCUGGUGGCUCCCUCGGGCCUUGGAUUCGGCAGGCAGCAGAAGACGAAAGGCUCGAAGGCUCCCACAAUCCUUCUUCCAGUUGGGACACAAGGUACCUCGGGAUCGUGAGGACAGCUGGACUGUGCGUGCGGAGAUCGUCCAAGAGCAGCAAGGAAUGUAAUGCCGCCGAGCUGUGUACGGACGCUGCUGGCCCAGCCCGAAGGCCCAGGAAGGGACGGGUCCCCGACCUCCCACAACUGCAGCUUAAGGUGGUGCAGGGUGGGCUAGUCGUGAAAGGGUGGGCUCCAGGCCUGGCCACAGACUCUUCCUGGGUUGCUCACAGAGCCGCUGUCCAAACCCAGAAUGUGCAGACUACCUGGCUGCUGGAUGUGUAAGGUCAGCCCAAGGCUCUGCCUCCCAGCCACGCUGCUGUUCAUCGUUACCUCAAUCCCUGGCCUCCCAGAAUCGCUCCCAGGAGACAUUCUUCCUCUACUGGAGGUUUAGGGGUCUCUUCCCCGAGCUUCCCAGAAAUCAACAGCCAGAACCUUUCCUCUGGCCCCUCAGGAGCAAGAUGCAGCCCCAGCACCUUUUACGGGGGUGUCCCGUGGGAAGCGACUGCAGUAUUGAGUAAAGGCUUCUGUGACGUUCCUAGU